AUGACUAGCCCUCUUUCAAACGCCACCAUGAAAGAAAAGAUAAGAAAUUACCAAGUUGAAGCAAAUGAUAUCAUCAUUUUAAUCGUUAACAGCAUCAGCUUUCCAUUCACAGUUGUACUUAACUUGAUGGUGAUAAUGGCUGUGAAAAGAAGGCGAAGACUUCAGACCAACAGCAACAUCUUGCUUGCCUGUCUAGCCGCAACUGACGCCUUAACUGGUCUCAUAACGCAGCCAGCGUUUAUUCUGUGGAGAACAUUUGAAAUGACUGGUGUAAUAGUGUACAGUGCAGCAUACACGAUCCACGUGAACGCAAUAGGGGUCCUUUCUGUAUGUUCGUGUCUUCAUCUUAUGUUAGUAACUGGCGAGCGGCUUGUAGCGAUCAAAUUUACCAUGCACUACAUACAUAUUGUUACAACAAAAAAUAUUACGAUAGCAGUUACCUCAUGUUGGAUCGUUUCUGUCAUUUCUCAGGUCCUCAAAGCUUUUAAAUCGACAACGGAUGCCUCGGUCUUUUUCUCUAUUCUAGUGAUGGGGUCUUGUAUCGUUUUUGUUGCCUCUACAUACGUUGCUUUGUAUUUUGAAGUACGAAGACAUCAAAAAUUGAUCAAAGGUCAGCAGAUGCCUCAAGAAGAAGCAGAAAGAUUCGCUAAAGAGAACAAAGCACUUAAGACAUCUGUAUAUGUAGUCGGUGCAUUAGUGCUGUGUUUCACACCCGUUAUUGCUGUUGGCUUAACAUUUAAAAUAACCGAACGAAAAGAGGUUGCUCUGAUGUUCGGGUGGGUGCGUACGAUUGCAUGUCAAAUUCUCUUCUGA